AGGGCCCACCGCACCUCUUGACGUAAAGGGACGGGAAAUCAAAAGGAGGCAAUCGUAAAUGAAACAGGUCUCUUUUUUCACGCCAACAUGAACGUCGAGCUCUUACGAAGGCGUGGCGGGGAGCGUGGAGAAUCGAAAGGUGACCCGCCCGCGUCGUCGCCCCCUCCCUCUCUUCUGCGCAUGAACCUCGGCCGACUGCGGCGCGCAAUGAUGCACCCGCGCACGAGUGCAGAGAGGAUACGUUUGCUGUUUCUUUUUCUCAUUGUAUUCACCCUUUUACUUUUCAUUGUGCUCGCGCUUUUCUACCUGCGCCCGUCUUUCAUGUUUGAGGAAAGCGAGUCAGCGGAGGCGUGGCUGCGACGUCACAUUGUGUGCCCCACGGACAUCCUCAUCGGCAUACCUCCUCCACGUCGCAAAACGGGUAGCGGGAAAGGAGGAAGCGCGGACACCGUAGAAAACCGUACAACCGCUUUCGCCUACGAUGUGAGCCGUCAAAACGGAAUCCCUGGCAGCCCGGCCACGCUGGCGGGUCUUGAAGGAUUCUGUGCGGCGCGCGUGUCGGCGGUGCCGCGCUGGGCGUCGGGCAGCUGGCGCACGUGGCGGGACGCGGUGCCCUCGGGGGCCACAGGACCCCAACGGAGCGCCAUUUUUAACCUUACCAUCCAACAGAACUUUCUCGGCAAUGCGACCUACACGGCGGUGGGGAGCCCUUUUUGUCUUGCAGGUGGGGCGUUCUACGUGCCGCAGGAGCGCAUCAACGCCGGCGGGAUGGAGGUGUUCACGGCAGAGCAGCUGACGGUGCUUCCACUGACCGACGCGGUGCUCCACAACGCAGCGAUGGCAAGCGCGUCGGCCGGGCUGCACGUGGUGCCGGCCAUGGGACUGCUGCUUUCCGGUUUCUGGAUCGCCACUCACUUUUUCCAUCUCAUCACCGACGCUCUGGAGACGCUGUACGGUGCGUUCCACACCAUGGAGGACGGUGUGCUCUUGCACAUCCCCACGCAGACGGUGAUGGUACGCAGUGACGCCACCAACUGGGCGGACCGCCGCGGCGACCGUGCGAGAAAGAUCGAGUUCAGCGCCGCCUUGGCCAACAGCUUCGCUUCUCCGCUGCUGAAGGGCGGAUCGCCGUACAACACUUCGUUUUCGUUCCGUCCAGACUCGCCGUACUGCGUGGGGCGUGAUGGGGAGCGGAAAAACUCCGCUACUCUUGCGGCUGGCAACGCCGCCACCGCGGCAGGUUCUGCGGCUUCUGCGGUGUGCUUCUGCGAUGGAUUGCUGGUCACCACGCACAACCACCCUUACAUGAACGCCAGCAUCUACUACGGUAUCCAGGACUGGGCAGCGCAAGGAUUCGGCGCCCCGCCGUAUGUGAAGUCACGUAGCGUGCGCGAUAUGGACCGCUUGCGACUAGCGCAGUCCCCCUCGUGGGCCGCGCAGUUUUGGCCAGAAGACGCCACCACCACCUCCUUCAGACCCAACGCGACGGCCGCCGUCAGCCUCUAUCGACCACGGGUUGUGUUCAUUCAUCGAACCACACGUCUCAUCGCCAACGCGGCGCGCUACGCGGAGCAGAUGCGCGCAGCCGGGUUUCGCGUAGCGGAGGUGCACAUGGAACAGCUCUCCGCCGCCCAGCAGUACCACCUCGGCCGGUACGCGGAUGUGGUGGUGGGGAUGCACGGUCUCGGCAUUGGGCACGCGCUGUGGAUGGAGCGGGAGCCGUACGGGUGCCGCACCGUGAUUGAGUUCCGCCCCUGGGUCAUCCAGUACAUGCCGCUGCAGCCGCUGCGUGUGCUGGGGGAAACCAUGCAGUUUCACUUUGUUGCGAUUGUACCGACGGACGUCCGCUUUGGUCCUUCUGUCAAAGAGCCUGAGAAGGAGCGUGAGCUUUUGAUGUCUGUGAAGCGGAUUACCAACGCGUUCAGCUUUCCCAGUUUCACAGACCAGACAGCCUUCUACGAUGAUGACGAGGUGGGCCGCGUGAUUUCGGCGGUGCACCAGCACUUGAGUCAAUGCCUGCCAAAAUGA